AAAAAUAAAUAAAAUUAGAAUUUUUAAUCAAAUAAAAUAAUGAUUAAACAAUAAAUAUGUAUACAAAUUAUUUCAUUUGUUUUUGUUAAAUGUGUAUUGUUCGACAUUUAAAUGUCGUUGUUAUUAUGUUCUUGAUUCGGGAGCCUACUGUGUAGGCGAGGUUCGGUAAGGCUGGAGCAUGCUAGGUCCCGUGGGGGCCGUGCUGGCCGCAAAGAGAGUAGUGGAGGAGGCGGCACCACUAAAUCUAGUAAUAACCGACGUACCAGAGAUGAAUCACAUGGUGUACAACAGGCAUGUGGCCUGUGCACACUUGUCGGACGAGCUUUACGACGAGCCGUUUGUGGUGCGCCCAGUCGACGUGGCAGCGAUGACUCAUAUCAAGAGCUUACAAGUGGUGUACAAGAGACGGCUGCAAAUGAUGGAAUAACAAUUAAUCCUGAGGAAGAGAAAGCUAUUUAUAUCAAAAUGAUAGAAGUUCCAAGUCAACAAAUACGCCGAAGCUCUCGUCUGUCGAUUGGUGAUAUUUCUUUAUUAGAAUCAUUAACCGCUAGUGGAACUCGAGAUCGUCCUCCAUCAACCGGACGAUUUUUAACAAUGCAUAAACGCAGGCGCAAGAAACUUACCACUAGAAGCCUUAGCCAAGAUAAUCCAGCGAUUUUAGAUGACGUUAUGCAUGGACAAGUACAAUGUAUACUGGAUCAAUGUGGACUUUGGGCAUUUAAUGCAUUUGCUCUAGAGACGGCUGCAGGCGGCCGAUCAUUACCAGUAUUAUGUGUCCAUCUAUUUCAUUGGUAUGGACUAUUAGACUACUUCAAUUUAGAUGUUGUUCGUGUAUGGAAAUUAUUUACGUUAAUUGAGGAAGGAUAUCAUAGUUCAAACCCAUAUCAUAAUUCUAUUCAUGCUACUGAUGUCACACAAGCAAUGCAUUGUUUUCUACAGGAAGAAAAGAUUAAGAAACAUAUGAGCCCAGUUGAAGUAAUGGCCUCUUUAAUUGGAGCUGUAGCACACGAUUUAGAUCAUCCUGGUGUAAAUCAACCAUUUUUGAUAGCUACUUCCAAUCAUUUAGCAACUUUAUACGAUAAUAUGUCAGUUUUGGAAAAUCAUCAUUGGCGUUCAGCUGUUGGUUGUCUUUUAGAAAGUGGUGUUGCAGAACAAUUAACCCCUUGGCGUGAUGCUUUAGAAAAUCAAAUACGUUCAUUAAUUCUUGCCACCGAUAUUACAAGACAGCAAGAAUUUCUAAGUAAAUUAAAGAAAGGUUUAGAUACUGAUGCGUUAGAUAUGAGUCGUGAAGAAGAUCGUCAUUUUAUUUUACAAAUAGCUCUUAAGUGCGCAGACAUAUCAAAUCCAACAAGGCCAUGGGAUGUAUCACGCAAAUGGAGUCUUAAAGUAUGUGAAGAAUUUUUCAGGCAAGGUGAUUUUGAACGAAAAUUAAAUUUACCAAUAACAUCGUUAUGUGAUCGAUAUUCAACAUCAGUGCCAAAAAUUCAAACAGGUUUUAUCCGAUUUGUCGUAACACCUUUAUUUUCCGAAUGGCAUCGGUUUUUAUCUAGUGAACUAUCCACCUAUAUGAUGCAACUAUUAGCUAGUAAUCAGAAACGAUGGGAAUCAUUAGAGAAUGCAGAAAAUGCUGAAGAAACACGUACUGAAUUAUCAGAUACAGAACCCGAGCAAGAAAUUGAAUUUGUUAGCGAAAGAGGAAGUAGUGAAAAAUUAUUACCACCCGAUUAUAUGCAAAAGAAGGAUAUAUUGUCAAAGGCAAAAUCAAACCGCCGCCAUUCUGUACCAGUUAGUGUCGGUCGUUCACUUUUUGCUAGAGCCGAUGUUCGUCGUGAAAGUUUACCACCCGGAAUACAUAAAUCUCAAAUGGACAUUCCAAAACGGACCAGUUCUCGUGUUUCAUCAGAUCCAAGUGAUGCUUUAUACAAUUCAGCACUUUCUUUAAUAUCUGGAGGAAGUGGAAAUGGACGAAAAAAUUCAUCAUCAUUAAGUACAGCUGAAAAAGAUGAAAGACCAAUUAGUGCUGAAGAGUUAUUACCUGAACCUUCAAUAGCAAGCAUGACAGCAGUUGGUUUAACUCCUGGAUCUCGAACAUUAACUAGACAACAAACUUUCCCUCCUCUUCAACCGUAUGUUCGAGUACGAUAUCUUUCUACUACUGCUGAAAUGGCUACAUGUCGAGAAGCAUUGUUAGAAGGUGGCAGUCAUUCAAAUUCAUCGCAUAGCUCACAAGAAAAUAUGUACUGCACUACAAAUCAAUGGAAUCAACCAAUUCCAACUGUCGCUAUUUUAAGUCCAAACAAUGGUCGUGGUCCUGAAAUGUUCAUCCCAGAAUUACAAGUGAAGCCUUCAACUGCGCAGGCGCAGUCGGGCACAAAACGUAGUGAUAGUGCUGAUUGGGAUGAUAAAGAAAAUACUCCAAAAAUUCCUAAAAUAUCUGAUAGUUCAAUACGAGGUCAAAAAGAAAAUUUAGAUCCUAGGCGCUCUUUAGCAAAUGAUUUGGCAAAACGACGAGGAUCUGCUCCUGUGACAUCGCACAUCAAAUCUGAAGACAUAAAUCAGCCUUCGAUUGCCUUGAGGGCUGAUAUAUUAUUUUCACGGAGAGGAUCAGUACCUGCAGAAAAUCUUCGUCAAAAAACUUUCGAUAUAGGAGACACCGAAAAUCGUUUAGAACCAGUUGUUAAUAAAAUACCUACAUCAAUAUCAGAGCCACUUCAUUGCCAGUAUCCACGACGAGGUUCAGUUCCUGCUGAAAUACCAUUAGUACGUACCGAUAUACUAACUAGACACAGUGUUAGUUUAAAUGGAAAAGCUGGUCGACGUAAAAAACAAUUAAGACGCCGCAGUUCUGGCGGGCCAGAAACUGUUUGUCUCAUACCAGAUGUAUCAGAUGGUGCCGCAUGGCAUCGUUUACGUCGAGAAAUAGUACGCCGAUCAUCAGAUUUCAACCCAGAUGCAGCAUUGGCACGUCGCCGUGGUUCAUUACCAAUUGAAGUUCUUACUAUUGGACAUUCAGGCUCGGUGAUACAAUGAAAAAUCGAAAAAUGACGAAGACAACUAAUGCUGUCAUCAAUCAAUCCACAAAAGAAAAAUGCAGCCGUACAAUGUAUGAUGCGCGUGCACUUGCACAUCAAUCGACUGAAGCUUGAUUAAAAAAAACACAUCACCAAUAUUACACACACAUUUUAAAGGCAAAAAUCUGGGGCAUUUUUUGAUACGAAUGUUUAAAAAAAAGACAAAAUACGCUCAUU